AUGACUUUGUGGCUUUGCUGUGCCUGGAUUUUUCUCCUCCUCCUGCCUGGCCUCUCAGAUGGAGGGAAACUCCUGGUGGUGCCCAUGGUUGGAAGCCACUGGCUUAGCAUGCAGCAAGUAGUGGAAAAGCUCGCCGACAGAGGACACGAAGUGGUGGUGGUUAUGCCAGAAGUAAGCUGGCAGAUGGAAACCACCCAGGCGUACACAGUGAAAACGUACCCGGUGACUUACACCCUAGAAGAGCUGGAUAACGCUUUUCAAGAAUACGUGGCCACUCACCUGAAGGACCUGCCUUUCCCACUCAACACCCUCGCUCUGUACAACAGCUCGGUGCACGUUUUCCGUACGUUCUUUUCUCAGUGCAAGGACCUGUUCAGAAGCAAGGAGCUCCUGGAGUCCUUGAAUCAAAGCAGGUUCGACGCUGUCCUAACAGACCCCGUCUUCAUGUGCGGAGCAACGCUUUCUCAAUAUUUUUCUCUCCCGUUUGUGUUCUUCAUGAGAGGAUUUCCUUGCAACUUACACUAUAAAGCACCACAGUGCCCAAGCCCUCUGUCCUACAUCCCAAGACUAUUUACCUUCAACUCAGACCGCAUGACUUUCUUCCAGAGAGUGGAGAACGCACUGGUUACCCUCCUGGAGCUCGUGUACUGUAACAGUUUCUAUGAAGAUGCAAUAAAGUUCUCCUCUGAAGUUCUUCAGAGAGAUGUAUCCCUGCUAGACCUCAUGGACUCUGCUUCCAUUUGGCUUCUGAGAUUUGACUUUGUCUUUGAGUACGUCAGACCAGUGAUGCCCAAUAUGGUCUUUAUUGGGGGUAUAAACUGUGCUCAGAAGAAACCGCUGUCUAAG